AUGCAUGGCGGUCUUUCCCCAAAUUUGUCAAACCUGGACCAGAUUAAAAGCUUACCACGUCCUACCGAUGUCCCUGAUACUGGUUUAUUGUGUGACCUGCUUUGGCCCGAUCCUGGUAGGGAAAUUCAAGGAUGGGGAAUGAAUGAUAGAGGGGUUUCGUACACUUUUGGUGCUGAUAAAGUUGCUGAGUUCUUGACAAAUCAUGAUCUGGAUCUUGUCUGUCGUGCACAUAUAAGUUAUGAGGCAAAUAGUGUUUACGGAUUAGUGAGUUAUUUAACAAGAGCUAACUUACGAUAUUUGUCAGAGGGAUGUCCCUCAAUCGAGGAGGUUAUCCAUUCUGGUGUUGUUCCUCGGUUUGUGGAGUUCCUUGUCAGAGAGGAUUUUCCUCAAUUACAGUUCGAAGCGGCUUGGGCUCUUACUAAUAUUGCUUCGGGGACUUCCGAGAACACUAAGGUUGUGAUUGAUCAUGGUGCUGUGCCUAUCUUUGUUAGGCUUCUUGCUUCGCCGAGUGAUGAUGUUAGAGAACAGCUUAUGGAAUGCCCCUCUUCACAUGAUAAAAAUUGAAGCUGGUGUUUGUCCUCAGCUUGUCGAGCUUCUUCUGUAUGUAUAAUUUGUGUUUAUUUGUGUUUGGUUUAUGUAUAUUUUGUUUCACAUAUGAAACCAGG